AUUAUAUAUUAUAUAGAGAAAAGAGAUCACAGUGAGAGGAGCCAAAAACUGAAAAACAGUUAUGUGUUACGGUUUGGGUACUUUUUAUGUAUUAUUUAUUCUCAAAUAAUCAAAAUUAAAAAACUAAAAAAAUUAAAGGGUGUUUCAUACGUUAAAAUUUUAUUUGAUAGCUAUGGUAUCGAGGUAAGCUUGUGUAUGCCUCGACUAAUUUUAUGCAGUACCAUCACUUAUCACCUCUACCAUCACCAACACGAUCGUCAACCACCACCACCACCGAUCACUAUUGUCAACCACUAUAAGACUUAUCACCUCUAUCACUAUAUAUACUUUUCUAUUAAUUGUCAUCGUCAUAGUCGUCACCUCCAUCAUAACUAUCAACUACUACCAUCACCGCGAUCAAUUCUUACUACUAAUUAACCAACUCCACUGUUACAAGUAUCGUCAUCAAGUAUCAUCAAUACAUCGUCAAUCAUCGCACUUUCUUCGAUCAUCACCACUACCGUUGUUAUUGUCGAUGCCACCUCCACCACUAUCAGCUACUAUCACUAAUUCAAUCAAUUUUUAUUACCAACCAUCUCUACCAUCAAAAUCAGAACGCAUUUUUGUUUUUUAGCUACCACAUAUUUCAACUACUAACAUUAAAAAGUAGGUCCCCUUACAUUCCUGUCACUCAAUUUUUUCAUAUUGACCAAUAAUCAAAAUGUCAAAUUCCAUGGGCUAUGCCAAAGGGGUAAUUUGACGUGAGGUAUAACGCAUAAUAAUUUUGAAUUAAAAUAUAAAAUUAUUUUAUUUUAUAUUUGAUUGAAGGUAUUAGUUAUCGUAAAAUUAUUUAUUCAUCAUUUGUAUCAUAGUGAUCUAUGAAAUAUGUUUUCCAUUACACAUGGUAGAAUAACUAAUUCCAAAAUUACAAAAUUAUCUAAUCGUCACUUUAUAACGACGUGACAUGAAUAUAAUUAAACUGAUCGAUACUCCACCUCAUACAACAUAAUCGAUCUGAUCGUGACUCUAUAAAGACGUCAUGAGAAUAUAUGAAAUUUAGUACAACCAUACUUUAAUCACACGUGACUCACUUACCUAACGGACGCAACCAAACAUCUGUAACGUUUAACAACAAAAUGCAUUGCAUUCCAUUUAACGGCAAAACUCACAAACGUUACCUUUCACGUCGUCAAUUCUCUCCGUUCCAAACCCUAACGCCGCCGCCGUCAUGGCUUCUUGUGACGACGAUUUCUCUCUCCUCGAUAACGACGCCGCCGCCAACCCUGCCUACCAUCACCAACAACCACCGUUCUCCGCCGUACGAUACAAACCUCUGCCGCCGAUAUCCGCCGUUAGUCCGAAAAACAUCUCCGGCGACGACGACGAAAACGACGACGGUGACGGAUCCUAUCACAUCGGAGUAGAUCCAUACGAAAACGAUUCAAAUCCGUUCGAAAACAGCGAAAAACGAACCGAUCGAGAAGAAAUCAGCGAUAACGGAACACCGUAUAAUAACAACAACAACAGCUACAAGCGAUCAAAAAUCAGCUCAUCCUCCUCCGGCGGCGGCGGGAGCGGAGAGUAUCGUAAGGACAGAGAAGAAUGGAGUGAUACAGGUAUAGCAUGUUUACUAGAAGCGUAUAUGGAGAAAUUCGUGCAAUUGAAUCGGGGGAAUCUAAGAGGGAGAGAUUGGGAAGACGUGGCUGCAAUGGUGAGUGAACGAUGCGAAAAGCAAUCGAAGAGUGUAGAACAAUGUAAGAACAAAGUUGAUAAUUUGAAGAAAAGGUAUAAAUUGGAGAGACAUAGGAUGAGUAAUGGCGGAAUCACGAUGAGUCAUUGGCCAUGGUUUAAGCAAAUGGAGCAAAUUGUUGGGAAUUUGGUAGCAGUGAAAGGUGGUGGUGGUGUAUCUGAGGAGGAUAAAGCUAUUGUUGUGAUGAGCGGUUCGAGCAGUGGGAGGCAAUCGAAAAGAUAUGGAACAGCAGUGGCUGGUCCCUGCGGACAGAUUGUAAAGUCAAAAUCUUCUAUUGGUCCAAGGUGGAGAAGGGUAGUUCUUAAAAUUAGUGGUGCUGCACUAGCUGGAGCGACACCAAACACUAAUGAUCCAAACAACAUUGAUCCAAAGGUGGCCAUGCUAGUUGCUCAAGAAGUCUCAAUAGCUUGUCGUCUCGGUAUAGAGGUAGCAAUAGUUGUUGGUGGACGCAAUUUCUUUUGCGGAGACACAUGGGUAACUUCAACUGGAUUGGAUAGAUGUACUGCCUAUCAAAUUGGAAUGAUGGCAACUGUGAUGAAUUCCAUACUGCUGCAGUCGGCAUUAGAGAAGGCAGGCGUGCAAACUCGCGUGCAAAGUGCAUUUUCCAUGCCCGAGCUUGCUGAGCCAUACAGUAGGCAACGAGCUAUGCGACAUCUUGAAAAAGGUAGAGUUGUGAUCUUUGGUGGUAUUGGGGCCGGCACUGGGAAUCCACUCUUCUCUACGGAUACAGCUGCAGCACUCAGAGCUUCUGAAAUUCAUGCUGAUGCACUACUCAAGGGUAUAAACGCAGAAGGUGUCUAUAUCUGUGAUCCCCGAAACAAUAAUGUUGCCGCUGAGCAUAUUUCCUUCAGGGAUCUUGUUUCCGGAGGAGAUUCCUCCCCAUUAGACCUAAUGGCUGUUACAUUAUGCGAAGAGAAUGCAAUUCCUGUUGUCGUUUUCAAUCUUCACGGCCCUGGAAACAUAUCAAGAGCAUUAUGCGGAGAGCAGGUGGGUACACUAAUCGAUCAAACAGGACGAGUUAGCUAGCAUUUUCUUGAAUUCCGAGUUCAAUUUAUCAGCGAUAAAGAUAUUCAGAAUGAGCAGCAUUGAGGCUGCCAUCGCCAUGGAGUUGAAUGUUGAACGCUGAACGCUCCAUGAUGUAUACACAGAUUAUUUACAGAGAUUUAAGAUAUCAUCAUCUAUAGUUCAUGGAACUGAUGAAUUGUAUGUUGUAGUUUAGUUGUUCUUUUUUUAUCCUUUUGAUGUACUAUAGGUUGGAUUAUAAACAUGUGUAGUAAGAUAAGUUAAUGUUCUUGGUAGGAAGCGCUCCCCCGUAUGAGCCCUACGCGGCGCGAAUCCGGAUUGGUCGGGCUCCAAUGCCGGGUACCGGACAUUGGAUAAAAUGUUCUUGGAAAGCAGAAAAAACCAUUGUCUUAAAUAUACAGUUUUUUUUUUUUUAAAAAAAGCAAUGAUUAACUUGUUACC